UUGUAAUUAGCGGUCAGCGCGGCGCCUCAAUGGCCGCAACAAAGGAGCUAAGGGAUUAAACGCAGCGGGGCUUGGUAAGUGAAAAAUAGAACCGCUCCUCUCGGUCGUCACGUACAACAAAGUGUCACUCAACCUUAGUUAGUCAGUCGUUCUGUUUCGGGCUCUGCUGCUGCCCGACGACGAGCCCCCAACGCGUCCUGGACUUUCGUUCCCGCACGGAAAAAUGGACCGAAUGGAGCACUGGAAGCGUCAGGGAAGCAGCUUCUACUCCAAAGGGGAGUUGGUGGAGGCAGCGGCCGCUUACGCCAGGUGCAUCGCCCUGAGCAGCCCCGGCAACCGCGAAAGGGCACUUGCCCUGGCCAAUCGCAGCGCCGUCCUCGUGGUCAUGGGCCGCUACGAGGAAAGUGCGUCGGACGCCGAAAGGGCCUUGCAAGCGGACUAUCCGGACGUUCUCAGGUUCAGGUUGCACCUAAAGAGGGCCCUUUGCUUCAGGGAGAUGGCCCAAAUGUCUCGGGCUGAGGACGAGCUGCGCAGAGCGAAGGACAUGGUCAACAGCCACAUCCCUGAAGAAAAAAUAGGAAACAUAACUGAGCUCUUGGAAAAAUCGUACGUGGGCCCUGUUGAUAUCAAAAGUUUUCCUUUUGAAGUAGAGUAUUGCCCGUCACCUCAACUAGCGAAGGGUGGAAACAUAGACUGUCCUGGCUUUUCAGCGCUAGUUCGAGUUGAAACUGAUGGUUUUUACGGGAGGAAGGUUGUGGCCGCUCAAGACAUCAGUCCAGGUGAAGUAAUUUUAGUCGAGGAGCCGGUCGUCAGCAGCUUGAAAAAUGACUCAGAGUGGACCCACUGCGCGCAAUGCUACAAAUUCUGCCUCUCUCUCAUGCCGUGUGAAACUUGUCGAAAGAUUUCAUUCUGCAGCGAUGAAUGCAAGUCAGCCUCCACCGCAGGCGUCCAUAGCAUGGCUAACUGCACCGCUAUGAGCCGCUUUAACUCUGAUCUCCAAACGGUCAUGAACCUGUCCGAAACCAUAUUCUCCACGUUCUCCAGAAUCAUCGACCUCAUUUCGUCAUUUGGCAUCGACACGCUGAUCGCGUUUGACCCUGAAAAAGACAGCAAAAGUCUCCUGGGACGCCUCCUUGAUCUGUGCUUCCACAGGGUGGAGCAGGAGGAGCAGCUGAAGAGGGCAUGCGCCUUUGUCAUCCGUCACUGCUACCAGUUGGAUGACGAGCAGGUCAUCCAAAAAUUGGCUGACCUCAGUUACAGGGUCAUCUUGAUCGACAAGGCCAACAGCUACAGCAUCGAGGAGCCGAUUUUCGACAGCAGGAGCGCCGAGUUUGAGAUCAAAAUCAUUGCGUACGGCACGUACCCGUCCGCUUCCCUGAUGAACCACUCGUGCGACCCAAAUGUGGUUUCAUCCUUCCACCGCAAGACCAUGGUGAUCAGGGCAGUCAGACCAAUAGCCAAGGGCGAACAAGUGUUCAACAGGUACUGCAACUCGUUCUACAACAUGCCGAAAGAUGUGCGCCAGAAUCGACUCGGGAUGUACAGCUUCAAAUGCGCGUGCGAGGCGUGCACAAAGGAUUGGCCACCCGCCAAGAUGCUGCCAGACGAGCCCAAAUUCCUGCUAGCCGAAAAAACGCGUCCGCUUUUGGACAAAUUCCAGGGGGUUCUGAGCAAAAGCCGUUCGGCAAACGGUGUCGGUGUCAAUUACGAGUUGCUCAGGAAAGAUGACACUUUCAGGUGCUGCGUCGACCUGCAGCAGUUGUAUUUCGAGCCGCAAAGGUGGUCGCGCUUGGACAAGACUUACCGGGCAGUUGAACUGCUCCUCUACUACCACUUUUGUGCCAAAACCAGAAAUUUUGUAAUGCGUCCUGUUUGAUUUUGAGUGAUCACUUGCAUUUCUUGAAGUUUAUGCUUUGAUUAGGUUUUCUUUGAUUUUGACUGAUUUUAAUUUGCGGUUUGUGAUAAGACUAUUUUCAUUUUUUUAAUAUAAAUUUUCCCUUUCAUUUGUUU